AUGGCCGGAGCCUUGCUGUGGAGCGUUUUCAGCUGCUUUGGUGACAUCUUCUUAUUCUGGGUCCGGAGACUCUUUGCAUGGUGGACGAAGAAGAACCCGAGAGACUUGCUGCUCGAGACUAUCGCAGAUGCGCGCUAUUUUGAAGAAUGGGAAGCCGCAGCAUACCACCUCGACGAGCUUCUGGGCUACGACCUCUGGCGCCAGAAUGCGACAAGCAAGUACUACAACUACCGCCUCAUACACCAACGCCUCACAGCUAUAAUCGAGGCUCAUGAGGAUGAUGACAUGCUGGGCCUAAUCGGCCUGUUGCGAAGUGGCCUUGUUCGCAACCUUGGGAACAUCACCGCCCCGCGUCUCUUCGAUCGUGCAUACGGCGGAACGAAGCUUCUAAUCGAGGACUAUGUCACUCAAGUCUCGUACGCUAUCGAAUAUCUCACGCAAUACCCGACUACGGCGAGCUCGGACACGGGGUUGACCAACCAGGCGAAGUUGGACGUGUUGCACGAUACAAGGCAGGCGUUUGGAAGAUCAGUCCUCGUGUUGCAGGGUGGACAAAUCUUCGGCAUUUGUCACCUGGGCGUUGUCAAAGCACUCCAUCUGCGCGGUCUGCUUCCACGCAUUGUUGCUGGAACUGCUACGGGUGCAAUAAUCGCAGCCUUGGUUGGAGUACAUACCGAAGACGAGCUCUUGGACUUCUUGAAUGGGAAAAACAUCGAUCUUAGUGCAUUUGCAAAGCGCCCGCGGAGAAAAGGCUCGAAAGGCAGUGGCUGGCUAGAGACACUCACGCGCCGCAUCAGACGGUGGUGGCAGGAGGGACACUUCCUGGAAGUCGGCGUACUAGAGCAGCUGUUAAAGGCCAACGUGGGAGAUUUAACUUUUGAGGAAGCCUACACCAGAACGAAGAGGGUCUUGAACAUUACCGUUACCACCUGUGGUGGCGGCGGUGUACCGAAUUUGCUAAACUAUCUCACAGCUCCGAACGUACUCAUCUGGUCAGCGGCCCUCGCCUCGAACGCAACCGCAUCUUCCACUCUCUACAACCCUGUGGCCUUGAUGUGCAAAGACGAGUUCGGCAACAUCACACCCUGGUCCUCAGCAUCAGAGACCACCUUCCGCCCAUGGACACACGCCUCUUACUCGGACCGCCAAUCGCCUCUCCACCGCAUUGCCGAGCUCUUCAACGUCAAUCACUUCAUCGUCUCCCAAGCACGACCAUACCUCGCACCCUUUCUCCGCUCCGAUCUUCACCAUCCCAAUCCCAGACAGGAUGGGCGCUGGAAACUCAGCAUGCCAAUCCUGCGCCUUGUCCUCCUGGAGGUGCAGCAUCGAUUGCACCAGCUCGACGAACUGGGCUAUCUUCCACCGUCAAUACGAAGAUUUCUGCUCGAUGAGAACAUUCCAGGCGCCAGUCUGACUCUUGUCCCCGCGCUCACGCCGGGGGAUUUCUUCAAGUUGCUGGAGAAUCCAACAAAAGAGGCUAUUGAUUAUUGGAUCUUGAAAGGCGAGCGGAGCGUGUGGCCUGCCGUCACGGCGCUGAAGAUCAGGUGCGCGAUUGAAGUGGAGCUGGAUAGGGGGUAUCAGCUCGUCAGGAGAAGGAAACCAUUUGAGAGCGUCAGGAGUGGAGGGCUGAGGAAGAGUGGGAGUCGUGGCGAGGUCAGGUCCGCGCAUGGCUCGCAAGAUUAUGGAAACGCUGGCAGGACGCAGAGAAGACUAAGGGCGGAAAGUUUAGGUGGCUAG